AUGGCCGGAAGUUCCCAGAAGGGCAAAAAGAGAGUGGACAUAUCCCUUCAGCACGAAUCUUCGCUGGAUCUUCUUCCUCGUGAAAUAUGGUCAUGUAUUGCCCCGAUGGUUGCUUCAAAUUCAAUUCAGGAUCUGUUCAACAUGCAGGCAAUGUGUAAGGUGUUCCUCGGUGCGGCGAGUUCAGACACUGUUUACAAGCGUGCGACGAUGUAUAAACCGUUAGCGCACUUUUUAUCUCACCUCAACGGGCCUGAAAGGAGAUUCCUUGAACGCUGCGCGGAAGUAGGAAAUGUGGAUGCUAUAUUCCAACAGGGGUUCGUGGAUUAUUUCCCGUUGGGCCUCCGUGACAAAGGGAUGGAACUGCUUGCUAGGGCCUUUGCGGAGGGCAGCGUCGAAGCAGGUUACCUGUGUGCCAUGUUGCUAAUGUACCAUCAUGAAGAUGAGGAAGAAGUGCAAAUGGGUGUUCAAAUGAUGGAAGAUAUUCGUAUUUCUGGGCAGCUCGAGAGCUACAGCAAGUUCUUCAGCGGCAUUUCCAAAGAUGUCGUUGUGCUCUUGUUAGAAAUGUAUGCACCUGGAUGA